UUCCGGGAUCCCAACCUAUGGAGUUCAACUUCCGGCAGACCUACGGGUCACGUGAUAGCCGGAAGAGACGUGGCAGUGACGUCAGCGCGGCCGGUGGAUCCCGGUAACGGCGCCAGGCCCCGACCCGAGCCCCGCCGAUGAACGCGCGGCGCCGGCACGGCUCCAGGCAGCGGGACCCGGGCGUUUACGUGGGGCCGCCCCAGACACAAACCGUGACCCCCCCGCACACCCCCCCUCUUCCGCCGCCACCGACGGUUCCCGCCGCGCUCCCCCCGCCGGGCCCGGACGUCAUGUCGUGUCGCGACAGGACCCACGAGUUCCUGUCCGCUUGUAAAUCGCUGCAGGGCCGGCAGGACGGGGCCCAGUCCGGGAGAGCGGCACCGGGGGCCGGGCGGCAGCGCAGCGAGUUCAGCCUCAUGGCCAAGCGCAUCGGGAAGGACCUGAGCAACACCUUUGCCAAGCUGGAGAAGCUGACGAUCCUGGCCAAGAGGAAAUCACUGUUCGAUGACAAAGCCGUGGAGAUUGAGGAGCUCACCUACAUCAUCAAACAGGACAUCAACAGCCUGAACAAGCAAAUCGCGCAGCUGCAGGAGGUGGUGCGGGCGCGGGGGGGGCAGAACGGGCGCCACGUCCAGACCCACUCCAACACCGUGGUGGUGUCACUGCAGUCUAAACUGGCUUCCAUGUCCAAUGACUUCAAGUCGGUGCUGGAGGUGCGGACGGAGAACCUGAAGCAGCAGCGCAGCCGCCGCGAGCAUUUCUCCCGUGCCCCUGUGUCCGCGUUGCCCCUCGCUGCCGGCAACAUGGGCAGCUCCGCGGUGCUGCAGGAUGAGUCCCCGCGCGCCGGCUCCGUGGCCAUUGAGAUGGACGCACGGACGAGCCAGCAGCUCCAACUGAUCGAUGAGCAGGAUUCCUACAUCCAGAGCCGGGCAGACACGAUGCAGAACAUCGAAUCCACCAUCGUGGAGCUGGGCUCCAUCUUCCAGCAGUUGGCUCAUAUGGUGAAGGAGCAAGAGGAGACGAUCCAGAGGAUCGAUGCAAGCGUGGAGGACGCGCAGCUGAACGUGGAGGCGGCUCACGGGGAGAUCCUCAAGUACUUCCAGUCGGUCACGUCCAACCGGUGGUUGAUGAUCAAGAUCUUCCUCAUCCUCAUCGUCUUCUUCAUCGUCUUUGUUGUUUUCCUGGCCUGAGGAUCUUUUUCUUUCCCCUGUCCACCGGUUGGGACAGAUGGACUUGAUCCGUGCUCUAUGGGGCUCGGAUAUGGACACUGCUGCGGGGAUGGGGUCUGCUGGGACCUGCCCAAGUGCCCCCGAGGACCCCCCCGUUGUCCCCCCCAGGCUGUGGGGGGCAGCACCAGCUCCCCACCCU